UGCUGGUGCCAAAGCCCGGAAAUAUGGUCUGCCAGGUGGUGCUGGAGGACUUGGUGCUGGGCCUGGUUCUGGGCUCGGAGUAGGAGGAGGGGUCCCAGGAAGAGGUGUUGGAGUAUCAACUGGUGGUGGACCUGGAGCAGGCCUGGGGACUGGUGGAAUACCUAGUUCAGGUGUUGGAAUGGGAGGUGGACCGGGUGGCUUUGGACCAGGCAGCACUGGAGGAUAUCCUGGGGGAGCCAAGUCUCUCAAAUAUGGGCUUCCUGGUGGUGGCGGAGCUCCAGGAUCUGGUGUGAAUGUGGGAUUUGGUGGCCCAGUAGCAGGUGGCAUCAGCCCUGGGACCGGAGGAGCACUAGGGACAGACAGAACAGGAUACGGGCCUGGUGGAUAUGGACCUGGUGGAUAUGGGCCUGUGCCUGGUGCUGGUUAUGGACCAGGUGGAGGCUAUGGUGCAGGAUAUGGAACAGGCUACGGACCUGGAUCAAAAGCUGCUAAAUACGGACAAGGUGGGACUGGUGGUGGAGUACUUGGAGGUGGCGUAGGACGAGAUGGACAACCUGGUGGAGUCGGACAAGGGGUAGGAACUGGCACUGGAACUGGAACUGGAACUGGUACUGGCACCGGUACUGGCAUUGGAACUAGUACUGGUACUACUACUGGUACUACUACUGGAACUGGUACGGAAGGAGCAGGAACAGGGACCGGCACUGGUGGUUCAGUGAACGGCACCAGCACUGGCAGCGGUGCAGGGACAACAGCUGGACCCAGUGGUGCGCAUCUGUUUUAA